AUGAGUUUGAAAGAAUUAGAGCCUCAAGCUCUAGGGGCUCUGGAUGAAGAAUUACAAUAUGAGGUAGAGGAGAUAGGGAGCACAGAGGAUAAUGCAGUGAUGAACCAUGAUCGUCUGCCGCAGGUAACUCGAGAGUCGACGCUUCUUCCAUCGCCUAUUGCCACUGCUGUUAGCCUGGUAACGAGAUCAUCCUCUCUUUAUAUUCGACUUGGCACAUUCAUAGGGGGCCUUGCUAUAGAUGGUGCACGAGUAACAACACUCACCGGGUUAGAAGUCAGUAGAGCUAUUAUCGAGGGAAUACUACAUCGUGCUGGAAAAGACGUUGCAAAUCGAAGUACUGGAGAAUUAGGAAAGUUGGAAGCAGAAGGGUUACUGGAACGAAGUAUUGCGAAUUUACACGCCACUAUUACAGGAAUAUCAUUUGCUGCUUCUACUACUUUUCAUUUCUCUUCUGUAGCUUUGUCUUCAGCUACAGACAUUUCACAACAGCUACUGGGUACACUGGAUUCGAUUCUUGGUUCGACAGAUUCUUCGAGAGCAAUAGCCAGCAUCAUUACAUUAAUUCGCCGAGAGUUUCAAAACCCCGCCACAGGAGCUGAAGGAGAAAAGGUUGGUGUCGGCGAUCUCUUGUUGGGUAUUUGUGGGUUGGCAUUAUUACAAAAAUGGUGUCGCAAAUUGACCGAUCUAGAAUGUCGAGAAAAAGAACACGAGGAGGUUCUUUGGGAUGUGGUUGUGCUUGAUGAUGGCCGGCGAGCGGAUGUCGUUGGUAUGAUAUCAGGAGAUUCCCCCAGUAUUCAAGGAGAUCCCACCAAAUUGUCUUUCAUGAAUACAAGAGGUGGUGAAAUGCUAGAGACGAUUAAAAGAGAGGAGCCAAGUCAAGCUGACGAUGGGGAGGACAAGGUGGAGAGUGUAUUGAGACAGAGGCUAAUCAAGUCUCUACCUUCCGAUGCAUCUGUUUCCAUCACGACAUCUACCAUCACAACAACCAUAAAAAAAAUCACCGUGGAAGUUUCAGGAUUCGAGCCUCCUGUUUUUUUGCCACCUCCCGGUGUGGAGAUACUGGAAGAACAUGCUAUUCGUCUUGGAAAUGAGGAUCUAAUUGAAGGGGGAAAACAACCAGAAAUUACACCAGUACCGAGAUACAGAGUGGUGUAUGGAAUAGUAGGGAACAGAUUACGAAAUAUGAGUGUCGCAGAAAAAGAAUUGCUUCAAGCUAUUGAGAAAAACGUGGAAAGUGAUAAUACUUCGGGCGAUGACCAGGACCGCGACGCUUCCAGCAGUGUCGCCUAUUCAGAUAUACCCAAAGCGACUUAUAUCGACGAUGGUUGGCCUAUUAAAGACGAAUACUCGCCCGUCAAUCCUCGCCGAAGAGCUACUGGUAGCAAAUCAAAAAUACCCAGGCUUUCACUUCCUGGAGUUUUGGACGAGAAAUGUAUUGUAAGUGCGGAAAUUUCUUCUUUGGUUCCAGACAACUUGGCAAAUCAAAAGAGAUCAAGAAAGCCUAUCAGCCCAGCAUCAUUAGAUAGUAGUUCUAAACUCAAGCCGAUUUCGAACAAUCAAGUAUCUAAAAAAUCGAAGACCGAUGAAACAACGGUGGAAGGACAAGAUAGGAAGACUUCUUUUCGCCAGGCCUUUAAGGGAAGAUCUAGUACCAAGUUAUCCAAUCUUUUCAACAAAGAUGGAAGUAAAGAAGACAGCAAACCCAAACUUCCACCUCGGCCUCGUCCAACAUGGGGAGACCCCACUCAUGCAUCAACAGUUAGAUCUACCUCAGCCCAUCUAUCAAUUCUACAGAAGCGGCCAAGAAAUACUGCAGGCUCCUCAACACCGUUACGUGAAAAUCAGACCCCAUUGACAUCGGAAAAUCUUGACAAAAUUCAGCCUGAUCUGCCACGCACUCCUUCCAGAACCGGUUAUUACACGGUUCACGAACAACGAAAAGAUUCAAUGGUUUCUCAAACUGACACUUAUUCAAUCCACUCUUUUGACCAAGGCCGUCCUCAUUCCCCAGUAACACCGAGGAAUCGUUACGUGGGCCAGAAUAAUGCUAUGAGAUUACGAUCCGAGAGGGGUAUGACCCUUGAAAAUUCACUCUCGACACCCAAAAGCCAUCGACGCACACAUUCAAAUGAAGAAAGUAUAUUUACGUUGAAUACAAACAACUCGGAGAUUUGUCUCAUCCCAAAUUUUGGAAGAGAGAAGGGUAUAUUUGAAAGUGGGGAAGCAUUAGAUUCCCUGAUGCGGACUGGUAACAUUGAUGGCACUUUUCCAAAGCGCCAUAUCAUACAGAACAUUACCCGUUUCGUCAAAUUCGCAUCCGCUUCUUACGGCUCCAACUUCCUUCGAGUGAUGGGGAUCUCGGAUCCUAGUACAAGACAAGAGCUUGAUGCUAUACAUCAUCUUGAACAUCAAUCAUUUUCGUCUCAUACACAACUGCCUGCCGACACUAUUCUUCUUUCUUCGUUUGUUGAUCCUCAAGGUGGGACUGAUUCUAGUGGACUCACAAAUACUGGUGUUCCAAUGGUUCAUUAUGUAUCACUAGAUCAUCAAUCACAAGCUAUAGUCCUCACAUGUCGUGGUACUCUAGGAUUUGAAGAUGUUCUCGCCGAUAUGACUUGUGAUUAUGACGAACUGGUUUGGCGUGGUAAAGCUUACAAAGUCCAUAAGGGGAUUCAUGCAUCUGCCCGAAGACUUCUUCAUGGUGGUGGAGGCCGUGUUAUGGCCACAAUAAAGGCAGCGCUUGAGGAAUUUCCGGAUUAUGGUUUGGUUAUGUGUGGGCAUUCAUUAGGUGGCGGUGUAAGUACUUUAUUAGCUAUAAUGGUUUCCGAACCUGCUGGCUACGGCACUUCAUUUGUUACUUGUCACCCAGGAAAUUUACCCACAUCCCUUGACGCUACUGAAAAUUCUUCUCAAAUACUACACCUCCCACCGGGUCGACCAAUCCAUGUUUAUGCUUAUGGUCCCCCUGCUACGGUUUCUCCAUCUUUAAGAUCUGCAACUAGAGGUCUCAUUACAACAGUCGUCAAUGGUAAUGAUCUCGUGCCUCAUCUUUCUCUCGGUUUGCUUCACGACCUUCAAGCAGUAGCUCUUGCAUUCAAGAACGACAACUCGGGUGCGAAGGGUGAGGUGAAGAGAAGAGUAUGGACGGGAAUGAGAAAUUCAUUUACUGAAAGAUGGUAUGGUCGAUCUGGACAUGGAACUGAUGAAGAAGAGGAAGAUAAGUGGGCAUAUGCUGCACUCAAAGCACUCCGAGCUUGUAUGUUGAGCAAUAAGCUGGUACCACCUGGAGAAGUUUUUGUGGUUGAGAGCAUGGCUGUCUUAAAACGAAACGCUUUCAUAAGGAAAGGAGAUAUGAGCGAUGAACAAAAUGAUAGAGGGGAAGAUGGGUUAGGUAAACCAGCAACUAGAAGUGUAUUAAAGUACGUGAGGGAUGUAGAAAAGAGGUUUGGUGAAGUCAGAUUCGGGGGAAGUAUGCUGCUGGACCAUAGUCCAGGAAGAUAUGAAAGUAGUUUGAGGGCAUUGGGAAAGGGCGUCUUGGGUGAUUCAUGA